UGCGGGCAGUUCCUUUCCCCGGAGCGGCUGCCGGGGCCGGCCGUUCUGUGGCGACAGCCCUAGGCCGUAACCUCCGAGGCGGGGAGGGUGAUCGCUGGUGUCUGCUCCGGCCCCGGCCAGGCUGACCGUUCCCUCUCUUCCCGGUGUUCUGAUGUGUAGUCUGGGAGCCCCGCUGGCCUUCGGCCUCCAGGGCUUCUCGGCCUCAGGCACCUAAGGACGGACGUUGACAAGGCCGUGAGUGCGGUGGGAUAGGGGCUGGGGAGGGAAUCUCAGAGGAGAACGGUAGCUAUUUGGAUCCUGUCCUCACUUGUGCUCCCAUCCCCGGACAGGGCUCGAGAGACUGCCAGGGUUAAUUCUUCCACUUUCCCAGGCCUCCGCUGUCCUUGUCAACAGUUGUUGAAUUUGGGAUUAGGUCUUCCGGUCCCCCGGCACAAGGGAAGAUUUCUCGGCAACCCAGUUGACCUUUACUUGACGCUUUGGCAACUCCCUCCUUGCGGGGCUGGAAAUGGCGUCACAGUAUUUGUGAGACACUUUCACCUUUUUCAUUAUGGUAUCCCGGGGAUGACUUAUCAGAGAGUAUCUAGCUUCUUGUAAUCUGCAAAGGUCUGCUGUGUUCCUGCCACCUUUUGAGGUAGAGUGGAUGGAUGACUGCUGUGCUUUUACACCAAUGUCAUGUGGCCAGUGUUUUGGACCGUGGUACGUACCUAUGCUCCCUAUGUCACAUUCCCUGUGGCCUUUGUGGUCGGGGCUGUGGGCUACCACCUGGAAUGGUUCAUCAGGGGAAAGGAUCCCCAGCCUGUGGAAGAGGAAAAGAGCAUCUCAGAGCGCCGGGAGGAUCGGAAGCUGGAUGAGCUGCUAGGCAAGGACCAUACCCAGGUGGUGAGCCUUAAAGACAAGCUGGAAUUUGCCCCUAAAGCUGUCCUGAAUAGAAACCGCCCAGAGAAGAAUUAACGGAGGAUUAAUUAUGGCCCUACUGUGGGCCAUGACUGGUCCUGACACCAUGUCGACUCAGCUCCAGAACCCACAUCUGAUUUGCUUUGUUGUUUACUCUGGCUCCUCCCUCACCACACAACCACACACACACUGGCUACUUCUUGAUGGCCAGGCAGACACAGCAGCAGCUGAGGGGCCAGUGAAGAGGAAGGCUCUUGAGGAUUCUGGCCAAAAGACUGCAUCUGUUAUGUGGUGGCCGCGACUGCUCAGGCACCCCAGCUUCUGGGUAUACUUCUAGGAGGAAUGUUAUGAAAUGAACAUUGGCUGCCAGUCUCCAUGGAGAGGUGGUUUGGCCUCAAGUGGGAAUGGCUUUCGGGUGUUGCUUUUGGGAGGGAUACCUACAUGUCCUGUUCCAGUUUGCACUGGGAAGAAUUCAGAAAUCUGUGUGGCUCCCUUCAUGAGUUUGCACUGUCCUUUGUGUUCAUUCUUACUGAAAUUUUGUCUUGUCAGCUCAGGAAUGGGAUUCUAUGGGGGAAGGAAAGCAUUUUUCUGUUCUUCCAAAGGAAGCCCAGGCUGCUCACUGUGGGGGAGGGAGGAACAUGUACCUGGUGAAUUUGCUGGAAAACAAUCACCAUCAUCCACCCCCAUCACUGUAUAAUGCAAAACUUGAUUAAAGUGACAUCUGAGAACUA